AUGUAUGGAAGAUCAGGUCUUGAUCGUUUUAAGAAAGCCGAGACUUUGGAACCAUUCUCAGUUAAUACAAAUUCAGGUGCUAAAUCAACCACAUCGGCGACUACAAAUGCAGCUCUCCGUUCCACAGAUCCAAUCAAUCAUCCUCAAACAUCUUUUCCACAAACCCAAUACCUAAAUCAACACAAUGUUUUGCAAAAAACCGUGGGCCUGGAUAUGGCCUCAACUGCAGUGCCUACUCAGCACAUGACUCAGGUUGGAGGAGGCCAGUCGACCUGGCAGCCUCCUGAUUGGGCUAUUGAGCCACGACCUGGUGUUUAUUAUCUUGACGUUUUAAAGGAUGGAGAGGUUCUUGAUCGGAUUAAUUUGGAUAAGCGGAGGCAUAUCUUCGGUAGGCAGCUUCCGACUUGUGAUUUUGUCCUGGACCAUCAGUCUGUCUCGCGCCAACAUGCUGCUGUUGUUCCUCACAAAAAUGGAAGUAUAUAUGUAAUUGAUUUGGGGUCAGCACAUGGUACAUUUGUUGCAAAUGAGCGAUUAACCAAAGAUUCUCCUAUUGAGCUCGAGGUUGGACAGUCUCUGCGGUUUGCUGCAUCUACGAGAGCUUACAUAUUGAGGAAGAAUAAUGCUGCUCUAUUCCCUCCACCUCCAAAACCCGCAGAAAUUGAAUUACCUUCUCCGCCGGAUCCUUCAGAUGAAGAAGCGGUUUUGGCUUAUAACACAUACGUUAAUCGUUUUUUGAAUGGGUUGACACGGCCUGACAUAUUAUUUAAAUCCACAGGAUUGAGUAGCUCAUCAGGUGCAAAGGAUGACAGUCGGCUAAAUGAGAGAGCACCAAAGAGAAUUAGGAGAACCAGGGUGGCAUUUAGAGAUCAGGUUGGCGGGGAGCUGGUUGAAGUUGUUGGGGUUUCAGAUGGGGCUGAUGUAGAGACGGAGCCUGGUCCUAUGGGUGUUAAAGAAGGAAGUCUUGUUGGAAAAUAUGAAUCCCUUGUACAGAUCACUGUAAUACCGAAAGGGACAGAACAGACCUCUGUGAAGGAAGUCUCUGUCUCCCAAAUAGGCGUGACAGAGAAACUUCAAGAAGUUUUGAAUAAGGUCAAGACUCCUUCAAAGAGUGGUGGUAUGUAUGAUGAUCUUUAUGGAGAAUCAUUUUCUGGCAAAGUAGGUUCUUCUUGGGCAUUAUCAUCUGCUGGAUCUGGUGGUAGACAAGCUUCUCCUAGAAAACAUGCUGAAGGAAAUGCUUCCGGUUCUGUAAGUGAAAAUCCCAAAAUUAACCCUGGAGAUAACGAUGACGACAAUGAUGAUGAUCUAUUUGGCUAG